ACUAAUUACUGGAGCGCAGGGAGCUUAGUAAGCCUUUUUCAGCCGCAUGCAGAGUCCAGCUGCCGCUGCCUGUUCCCCUUACAAGCUUCCGUGCUGUGGAGCACCCUCUACACAGGACAUGCUGCCUGAGGAGGAGAGAGACCCCAGCAGAGCAGAAGUGGGAAGAGAUGCAGACACGUCUGUGAUGGACGAUGUCAAGAAUCGUUGGCGGAGUUUCAGGGACCAAUUCCGCAAGGAAAUGCUGCAACAUGCGAGGAGCGGGUCCGGGGCCAGCAAGAAAAGGCCAUAUAUGUUCAAGAACCAACUGAUGUUUCUUCGUGAGGUCAUGGAGCUGCGUCCGACAGAGGACAACCUACCGGAAGAAGAGGCGGAGUCUGCACCGCAGAUGUCCAGUGCAUGUGAGAAAGAUACUCCCUCUGGUCCAUCACAGGUGGACACAGCACCAGGAACAAGCACUGCACCAUCCAGACCACCACCUGUUUCUGGAGCAGAUUCCCCCCCCCCCCAUCCCUUUGUCUCUUCCAAGCAGGUCCAGACGACGGGCAACCACUCCUGCCGAUACCAAUGUAAAUAUGCAGGUUAUGGAUUAUUUAGCUUAGAGCCCGGCAUGAGGAUGAAUUUGAUCAUUAUGUGCGUAGUAUGGGCUCAUAUUUGCGCAGGCUGCCUCCAGAACGAGUUUUGGGCACCAAAUCAGCUAUAAAUAUAGUUUUAGAUGCAGCCACUCCCCCCAAUGACCCAAAUAUCAUUUUCGAGGGCCUUGAAAAUUGGCAGCUCCAUGGGAACUUGUAUGGCCCCCAACCAAUGCCAGUUUCCCAGCACUCACAGCCUUCACUGCCGGCGCCUCCACAAAUGCAACCUCCAAGGGGACAUUAUGGGCCACCUACUCGCCCAUAUGGGCAACAUUAUAAUGUUGAUUCGGCAUAUGGG